AUGAAAACUACUCACAAAGACCGGUCCAAAUAUUGUAGGUUCCACCAAGACUACGACCAUGACACAGAAGAUUGCCACAACCUCCAGAAUCAAAUCGAGGACCUGAUCCGAAGAAGUCACCUCGGGCGCUAUCUCAAGGAACCCCAGGAAGCAACUCCACGCCCGAGGGGACCCGUCGAAAGACAGAUCGAUGUCAUCUCCAGAGGACCGGCAGUCGAAGGCAGCAGCUCAACGGCGAGGAAGGCCUACGCCCGGAGUGCAAUCGAGAAAGGUCCCCGACUCGAACUCGAGCCUGAAAUUACUUUCGAAGUCGGAGAGGUCAAGCGCUCCCAUCACGAUAAUGCUUUGGUGAUCUCCAUUCGGAUCGCCAACGCUCGGGACAAAAGAAUAAUGGUCGACACCGGGAGUUCUGCCGACGUGCUGUACCUCGAUGCCUUUAAGAAGCUCGGCUUGACCAAGGAGGACCUCACCCCCAUAGCGUCAGCACUCACUAGGUUCACAGGGGAUUCCAUCUCCCCGCUUGGGACCACCAUCAGUCCUAUCACCAUCGGGAGGAGCCGAGGGCCAAGACAAUAA